CUUUAAUAUAAAAGUAGGUAUAUAUGCUUUAAAUCAGCUACUGAGCAGAUAAACAUGAAGUUUAGACUCUGAACCUGAACUCAUAAAUUGCAUCUUUAUUAAUCGAUAAUUGUUAAUACACUAGUGCUGUGCCACACUACGAUAUGUCGUUAAAAUUAUACUACGACGCCUUGUCUCAACCGUCCAGAGCUUUGCUCAUCUUCUUGAAAACUACCAACAUACCAUUUACGGGAUGUGUGGUAAAUAUAGGGAAAGGUGAACAUUUAACUGAGCAAUAUAAGAAUGAGGUGUCCCCAUUUCAGAAAGUUCCUGUUAUCAUUCAUGGGGACUUUCAUUUAACAGAAAGUGUUGGAAUUUUACGAUACCUCUGCCGCGAGUUCUCCGUGCCCGACCACUUUUACCCGAAGGACAGUAAACUGCAGGCCAGAGUCGAUGAAUAUUUGGAAUGGCAACACAACAAUAUCCGAGCAGGUUGCUCUAUGUAUUUUAGAAACAAGUGGCUAAUGCCUAAGAUAACUGGCGAGCCCUCCAAUGAGAAGACACUAGCCAAGUAUAAAUGUCUAAUGGUCGAUUCGAUAGAUACCUUUGAACGUUGCUGGCUGCAAUCUAAUGCAUUUAUCGCCGGCGAUAAAAUAUCUGCCGCCGACAUAUGGGCUGCAUGCGAACUGGAACAGCCCCGUAUGGCCGGUUAUGAUCCCGCUGAAGGGCGGCCUAUACUAAGUCGUUGGCUUAGUAAUGUACGAGCAGAGCUAAAUCCGUACUAUGAAGAAGCCCAUAAAUUUUUGAACAAAAUUGUACAGUUAGAAAGCAAGGUUGUGAAUGCGAAACUUUAAAAAGUUGUUGAGUAAAUAAAUUUUUGUUUUAUAACUCCAA